GCCACCCCCAGCCCGGCCCGCGCGGAAGGGGCGCUCGGCCGGGCUCCUGCCUCUCUGGCUGCGGGCGGCCGGUGAGGCCGCAGCUCGGCAACGUGUCUGGCCCAUGCUGCUGGCCGCCGCUCCCCACGCGCUCCCUGGCGCGGCCCCGACUGGGGCUAGGGCCGCAGACGCGCGGGGCUCCUUUGGGCGCGGGCCUCGGGUGCCGACACCUCUGCGGCGGGAGUCGCGGUGGAGCCUAAAUGGAGAGCCGGCCCGGGGGCGGCGUUGCUGUGACUGACACCUCCGGGGUCUGUCCCGAGAGGGGGCGAUUCCGCCGGCUCCCGGUUCUCUCCCGAGCUCGGAGUUCCUAGGGGAGGAGGCUUUCUCCAACUACCGCCGCUACUUCCGAGGUACGAGACUCCAGUUGUUUGGCCAAAGUGGCUGUGGGCCCAGCACACGCUGCCGCGGGGGCGUUCGCUGCUGAGAUCGUGCUCGCGGAUCCUCGCAGCAAUGCAGCAAGUCUUGGAAAACCUUACGGAGCUGCCCUCAUCUACUGGAGCAGAAGAAAUAGACCUAAUUUUCCUCAAGGGAAUUAUGGAGAAUCCUAUUGUAAAAUCACUUGCUAAGGCUCAUGAGAGGCUAGAAGAUUCCAAACUAGAAGCUGUCAGUGACAAUAACUUGGAAUUAGUCAAUGAAAUUCUUGAAGACAUCACUCCUCUAAUAAAUGUGGAUGAAAAUGUGGCAGAACUGGUUGGUAUACUCAAAGAGCCUCACUUCCAGUCACUGUUGGAGGCCCAUGAUAUUGUGGCAUCAAAGUGUUAUGAUUCACCUCCAUCAAGCCCAGAAAUGAAUAAUUCUUCUAUCAAUAAUCAGUUAUUACCAGUAGAUGCCAUUCGUAUUCUUGGUAUUCACAAAAGAGCUGGGGAACCAUUGGGUGUGACAUUUAGGGUUGAAAAUAAUGAUCUGGUAAUUGCCCGAAUCCUCCAUGGGGGAAUGAUAGAUCGACAAGGUCUACUUCAUGUGGGAGAUAUAAUUAAAGAAGUCAAUGGCCAUGAGGUUGGAAAUAAUCCGAAGGAAUUACAGGAAUUACUGAAAAAUAUUAGUGGAAGUGUCACCCUAAAAAUCUUACCAAGUUAUAGAGAUACCAUUACUCCUCAACAGAGUUGCAUCAAUAUGGAGAGGCAUCCAGCACACAUCCAUCAGGUAUUUGUGAAGUGUCAUUUUGAUUAUAAUCCAUACAAUGAUAACCUAAUACCUUGCAAAGAAGCAGGAUUGAAGUUUUCCAAAGGAGAAAUUCUUCAGAUUGUAAAUAGAGAAGAUCCAAAUUGGUGGCAGGCUAGCCAUGUAAAAGAGGGAGGAAGCGCUGGUCUCAUUCCAAGCCAGUUCCUGGAAGAGAAGAGAAAGGCAUUUGUUAGAAGAGACUGGGACAAUUCAGGACCUUUUUGUGGAACUAUAAGUAGCAAAAAAAAGAAAAAGAUGAUGUAUCUCACAACCAGAAAUGCAGAAUUUGAUCGUCAUGAAAUCCAGAUAUAUGAGGAGGUAGCCAAAAUGCCUCCCUUCCAGAGAAAAACAUUAGUAUUGAUAGGAGCUCAAGGUGUAGGCCGAAGAAGCUUGAAAAACAGGUUCAUAGUAUUGAAUCCCACGAGAUUUGGAACUACGGUGCCAUUUACUUCACGGAAACCAAGGGAAGAUGAAAAAGAUGGCCAGGCAUAUAAGUUUGUGUCACGAUCUGAGAUGGAAGCAGAUAUUAAAGCUGGAAAGUAUUUGGAACAUGGGGAAUAUGAAGGAAAUCUCUAUGGAACCAAAAUUGAUUCUAUUCUUGAGGUUGUCCAAACUGGACGGACUUGCAUUCUGGAUGUCAACCCACAAGCACUGAAGGUAUUGAGGACAUCAGAGUUUAUGCCCUAUGUGGUAUUUAUUGCGGCUCCGGAGCUAGAGACGUUACGUGCCAUGCACAAGGCUGUGGUGGAUGCAGGAAUCACUACCAAGCUUCUGACCGACUCUGACUUGAAGAAAACAGUGGAUGAAAGUGCACGGAUUCAGAGAGCAUACAACCACUAUUUUGAUUUGAUCAUCAUAAAUGACAAUCUAGACAAAGCCUUUGAAAAACUACAAACUGCCAUAGAGAAACUGAGAAUGGAACCACAGUGGGUCCCAAUCAGCUGGGUUUACUGAUGAUUCAGUAAGGUUAACAAUGAAAAUUAAACUUUUAAAAAGUGACUGCAACAAGUAAACCUUCUACUGAGAAAAUACAUCACAGAUAGAAGAUUAUCUGCCAAGUCCAGGCAUUUUUAUGGUGUAGAUUGAAAUAAUAGUACACUUCUGAAUUUUUAUAUAAAAUGUGGUUGGAAGGUGUACUAAUAUAUAAUCUAUCUUAAUUUUUCUAACUUUGUAUGGAUAAUCUUUCUAUUCCUAUCACAUAAAGAAAUGCGUUGAAGCA